AUGAAACUCUUCCGGCACUUCAUUGAGUGCAGGGACUUCACCGUGCUCACAGAUCACAAGCCCCUUUCCUUCGCUCUCAAGCCAACUUCUGACAACCUCAUUCCCCGGAAAAUUCGCCAAGUGGACUACAUGUCGCAAUUUGCCUCAGACAUCCGCCACAUAGACGGGUCACACAAUGAGGUGGCUGACGCACUGUCCAGACCCUUCAUCACACAUCUCAAACUUUCUCCUGGGAUCGACCUAGCUCAGAUGGCUGCCGAACAACGCCGUGUUGGUUCUCCCUGCGACGAGGAUGUUUCCGGACUCCAACUCCAGGACCUGCCACUGACUACUGGCAAAAGGACUAUUUUAUGCGACGUCUCCACCACUUCUCACCGUUCCUUUGUGUCGUCAUCCCUCCGCCACAAAGCCUUCUCCCACCUGUACAACCUUUCUCACCCUGGGAGUCGAGAUACCGACAAGCUGGAUUCCGACCGCUUCGUCCGCCCCGGGAUGCCCAAGGACCUGAAAGCCUGGACACGGGCGUGUCUCGGCUGUCAAUGGAAUAAGGUCAAACGGCACGACAAAGCUCCCAUCGGCACCUUCCCCACUCCAGAUGCACGGUUCAGUCGUGUCCACAUUGGCAAGCUCUCGCCCGCAGCUAUGUUUGGUGGCCCAAAAUUGACGCAGAUAUAG